AUGGUGAACAUACUUGGUCACUUUCAUGAUUCUUUGAUCUUACUGAUACUCGACUGGCAGCCAAUAUUCCAGGAUCUCAAUGGCUUAGCGAUCAAGUUCUUCAUUCAAAAGGAUCUGCCUCAAGAGGUGCAGGCGGACUUGUGCGAGACCAUUACGGUCCUUGGUGGCAGAGUUGAAGCAAAAGUCCCUCGCCAAGGCUACAUACUGAUACAGCCGGGAACGCCUGAAGCAGAGCGACUCCGAUUAUGCUGGACCAGUCUCGAUAGGCCGGAUCGCCAUUUCGUGCCGUACACCUACGUAGAGGCCUGUAAAGUUGCAGGCAUGCUGCUCAAGCAGAUCUUCGUGGAGAAUGGCGUACCUAUCAAAAUGCACAUCCAUUCCAUGAUAGCAAAUCCCAAUGCGCGUGCGGCUCUCGCCCAGCGGAUAAUGCACUCUGGUGGGGAUCCAAACGGUUCGAUGCAAUCAGCCCGCGUUAUCUUGGCAGAUCCAAAUACGGAAGCAUUCCAACAUCUUGUGAAGACCAACGAAGGCAUCCCCGACAAAUACGUCGAAUCAUACCUAUGGGUGAAGAAAUGCGUCGAGAAGAACGCCGUAAUAUAUACACCACUUGUAUACAAGAAUCCUGGCGGACGGCGGCCCGGUGAAGAGCGGAUGCAAUUUACGGAACAAGAUGAAGAAAGUCUUUGCCAAUGGAUAGCCGAAAAGAUUCCUUUCAAACAAACAGGGGGACGCACCGGAAACCGGUUAUACCAACAACUCUGUGAAAAGUGCAACGAACCAGAAUUUGCUUGGGUGAAGCGGCAUACCUGGCAGUCAUGGCGCGAGCGUUACAAGAAGAAUUCAGACCGUCUCGACAAACAUAUUCAAGCAAUCGUCGAACUCAAGAAGCCCUCACAAGGUGGGCAGGGUCAGUAUGGCUACGUGCGCCAGGUUGAGAAAGUGAAGAGAGUCCGAAAGAAGCGUGCAGUCAAGCGCAAAGGUUCAGCCGAAGCCGAAACGUCAGCUAUCUAUAACGAGGAGCCAACGAACGACCUUGGAGUUAUAGACACGGCUGAUUUCGUCCCUGUUCCUGGGCCAAACCUGUUGAUCCAGAAUGACCUAUUGCCUGUGCCCGUCCGGCGUAGUCCAGCUGAGGAAGAAAUGGAUGAUAUCGAGGAUGACCCCGAGUGGGCUAUCAGGAUAGGCAAUGCUCCUCCGCCAGCGUGGGCCAAGCGAAAGGCAUCAGCUGAACACCCGGACGCCAGUCCCUCCAAGAGGCCUAGGGAAAUGAAUCCCCAAAUGCAUAUUGUCGACCGCAGCCUUCUCCAUAUUGCCGAUGAUUUCAGGUUCACGGUAGAGGAAGUCAAGGAAUAUUAUGAUAAGGUCGGGGAGAUGGAGCGAACCCGCACCCGAUUCCAGAAGAUGAGAGAACUCUUGACUGAGUCUUUUCCGCCUAACGCAUAG